CACUUAUAGAAGCAUACCUAUAAGGCACGGAUGUGUUAGAAACAAGGAGAGAAAGAUCACGUCAAAUAGAAGUCUACUGUUGACAAUUUUGAAGAUAAAUCAAAGUAUAUUUAUUACAGUAAAUACGGAAAUAUUUGCAUCUAAACUACAAAUAAUCUGAUCCUCAAAAUCACCAGGGACGACGGUUAUAACAUCUUCAGUGUUGUAACUCCAUUGGCAGAAAUAAUGUUCUUCUGGAAUGUUUUCCGAGGAAAGAUCCUACUGCUUUCUUGCAUGGUCUUUCACAGUUUGGCAUUAGAUGCGAAUGAUAAAUUGUGCACCAAUAAGCAGCUGAUUCUUCUUCCUAAGGAAAUAUACAAAAACUGUAAUGUCUUCGUUUCUCAAAGAGAUGCCCUGGAUGCGCCAACAGUGAAAGUUCCGGCAAAUGCAAAUCUGAAAGAAGAACGUUAUAUAAUGGUCAUUCUUGGUCCAGACGAAUGGAAGGAAGCUAAUAUAUCGUCUCCGCAUUGGUUGAGGACACACAUCAGUCGCGCAGAACUGAAAUCAGGCAUAACGUCAUCAUUAAAGGACGCAUGCACUAUGUUAGUCCGACUGCUUUGGGUUGUACUGGAGAUCAUCAGGAAGUGGGUGCUUCCUGAAGGGUUUACUGCCGACACCUAGGAUAUUGUCCCCUUCGUUCUU